AUGGCUGACACAUACGGUUCCUGUGACCCGGCAUUCAACCGCGUCCGCGAUCUUCUCCAAGAAAGACUUGUCACAGGAGACGAAGUCGGUGCCUCAAUCUGUGUCAACAUUGACGGAGAGAACAUCCUCGAUAUUUGGGGCGGCCAUACCGACGCCGCUAAGUCCCGCCCAUGGGAAAAAGACACCUUGACCGUCGUCUGGUCAUGUAGCAAAGUAGUCACUGCCCUGGCAGCUCUGACCCUCGUUGACCGCGGCCUGCUGGAUGUGGAAGAGAGAGUGUCAAAGUACUGGCCGGAGUUCGCCGCGAACGGCAAGGAAGACAUCAGAGUGUGGCACAUCCUCAGCCACUGCUCUGGCCUUCCCCAAUGGGACAAACCAAUCACCAUGGAGUUUAUGUACGACACGGAAGCUUCGACUGCCGCGCUCGCACAGCAAGCUCCUUGGUUCAAGGCCGGUGAGGUGUCGGCCUACCAACUGGUGAACCAUGGACAUUUGAUCGGUGAAUUGGUGCGGCGUGUGAGCGGUAAGCCGUUGAAGCAGUUUAUUGCCGAUGAGAUUGCUGGUCCGUUGGGCGCGGACUUCAGACUCGGUGUGCCGGAAGAAGACUGGCCGCGUACUGCGGAUAUAAUUGCUCCUCCUGUGAUUAUGCCAGAGGGCCUCGACCCGCAAAGCGUUUUGGCCAGAGCGUUCAUCAAUCUUACCCCGAAGGCCGAAGACUCUAUGACCCCGGGCUUCAGGGGUACUGAGGCUGGCGGCGUGAAUGGGUUUGGAAAUGCGCGUUCGCUCGCUCGGAUUGGCUCAAUUGUGUCUUUGAAAGGAACAGUCGACGGGAAGCAGUAUCUUGCGCCUAAGACUAUUGACCAGAUGAUCCAGGAACGAAUUCGUGGUAUCGAUCUGGUGUUGUACCUGAACCUCAGAAUCGGUCUUGGAGUCGGCCUUCCGGUGCCGGAGAGCGUCACCUUCAUCCCCGAAGGAAAUAUCUGCUUCUGGGGAGGUUGGGGGGGAUCUUUCCUGGUCAUGGAUCUAGAUCGCCGGAUGACCAUCGCCUAUGCCAUGAAUAAAAUGGGGCCAGGCAUUUUGGGCAACGAGAACUGCAAGGCUUACAUCGACGCGAUUUAUGAAAUCAUGGCAACCAGGGAGCCUUCUGCAUCCUUGUGA